AUGCGCCCCUCAGUGCGACUGUUGACCCCGGAGGCCUCUAGCCGCCAGGUGUCGCGAUUGCUCUACCUCUGCUCGACCUGCAGACAGCAAGUCAGCCGUCCCGCCCGGUCGGUGGUGACUCUCGCCCAGCCGUUCGGCCGCCGCCAUGCCUCCUCCGACAGUAGCAGCAGCAGCAGCGCGACGACGCCCCUGACCGAGAAAGUCCGCCGCAAGAUCUGGGGCACGGAUAACCCUCCUGGGUUGAAGGAUCCGUACGGCGGAGAUGGCGCGAUUUCCCGCGCGCUGGGUGGUUCUACCAACGAGAAUAAUUUGGCGGAGAGUACCGGGCAACAGGAGCUAGAGACGGUGACGGGAGAAGACCCCCUGGCUGCUGCUGCUUCUUCGUCUGGAUAUGUCCCUGCGAUGACAUGGGAGGGUCUCCCCACAAUUGGUCACUUGGGACGCUGGUCUGAUCUGCCUCCUUCGCAGGCGGAUGCGUACAGCCCGUUUGUGGCAAAGAAGAGACUCGUCAAGGAGGGGCUCGUGGCUCUCGCUGCCCACCAGGCGGCCGUCGAGCUGGCGCUGCUGCGCUCGCUAGGAAAGCCCUUGACGGCCGUAUGCGACGUCCUGGAACACGACGAGUCGAUUUUCAAGCUCAUCUGGGAGUGCAAGAUCCAGCCCGGGGCUGAGGGGGCAUGGGAGGGGGCAUUGGUCUUCCCGAACGAGGAGACAGAGAAGGCCCUCUCGUUUGUCUUUGAACAGAUCGGAGGCGUCGCCGAGGAAGACAUCCCAGAGGCAACGGCUGCUGAGGCCGCGGAGGUUGACGAGGCCGAGAUGGAAUUCGAUGAUGUGGAAGAGGAGAGCGCGUCGGCCACCUCCUCCAAGCCGAUUCCCUUCUUUGGGUACGAUAAUGUCCAGGAUGAGGGCUUCCUUGCUCUCUCUUUGGACGACCUAGCCACAAAGUUUGCUUUCCUCAAGCGAUUCGCCCAGCUAUCGGGCCAUUUCUUCCCGGACCCAACCAUCCACAGCAUCACCACCGUGCAACAGGCGCUCGAAUACGUCCACAGCGUCAAUAACCCCAAACCCAAGAAACUCGCGCACCAGCUCGCCGCCAGCGCGGAACUCCAGGACCUGUCGAAUGUCAAGGUCUUCCUGACUAGACGCCGGGCAGCGCACCGCGAUGAAGAGCUGGGGCGUAAGAAGAUUAUCGAUGCUGAGCUCCGUGCCAGAGGGUUGAUGGAGUAA